GCUGGCGCUGGUGCUGUGGCUGGCUGCUACUAUUUAGCUGCCCACAACUCUCUCGCUCUCGUCUGUUUCUUCUCGAUCGGAAUCGUUAGGGUUUUGAUCGCAAGCGCUGCACUCCGUGGAGCUCUCGAUCGGCUGCCGAUCGAGUGAGGUUUCCGUCGAGCUAUUAGCCCUUUGCUGCGAUGUUGGCAUUGAGCUUCCAGCUCGGGCGCCGCCACGGGGAUGACCGGUUCUUCUGCUCCGUCAGGGCAUUCCGCGGUCACCACCAGAAUCUGGCUAGGUGGCGGAGCGACUCCGCUUUGACCUUUGCGUUCGUGAGCCCCGCGCUUCCUCUUCCGUCGACGGUGCAGGAGCGGAGGAAGCCGGAGACCUGCAAGAAUUUGGAGGGCCCGCCGCCUGCUCCGGCAUCGUUGCCGAGUGGCCCUAGUAAUUUGAAUAGCUUCUUGAAGUGGACCAGUCCAUCCGUACAGGCUCAGUAUCUCCCAAAAAUGAAGGCGAGGGAUUGGAGAACCUACGAUUUUGACUACAGGCCUUACUUUACACUCAGACACCUGUGGGAAUCGUUCCAGGAAUGGAGUGCUUAUGGUGCUGGCGUCCCUUUGGUUUUGGAGAGCGGAGACAGCGCUGUUCAGUAUUAUGUCCCCUACUUGUCUGGCAUUCAAUUGUAUGGACAAGCAAAGAAGCAAGGAAUCAGCUCAAAGCUACUGUGCAAUCUACAGCGAGAGGAGAGUGAUAGUGACUCUUAUCAGGAUUCCAGCAGUGAUGGGACAGGGAGUAGCCUUGGUGAGCAUUUCUCAUUUGAAGAAGUAUCUUCAAGUGAUGAAGGUGAUGCAGAGAAGUCUCAAGGCCACCUACUAUUUGAGUACUUUGAGCGAGAUUCUCCUUAUGUCCGUGAACCUUUAGCUGAAAAGAUGCUAAAUCUUUCCAGUCGAUUCCCUGAGCUUAGCACACUCACAAGUUAUGAUUUGUUGCCAGCAAGUUGGAUUUCCGUGGCUUGGUAUCCUAUAUACCGAAUUCCGGUUGGACCAACACUAAAGGAUGUGGAUGCAUGCUUCCUCACUUAUCAUUCACUUUCAACCCCACAACGAGGUGCUGGUGCUGCCCGUCAACCCAUAAUGAUCUAUCCCGAGGCUAAUGAUUUAUUUGCGAAAAUCUCCAUUCCUGCUUUUGCUCUUGCAUCCUACAAGUUUAAGAGCUCAUUAUGGACUUCGACUGAAGAACGUGAGAAGCAACUCACAAUCUCCCUAUUGCAAGCUGCUGAUGACUGGCUGCGACUUCUUCAUGUAGACCAUCCAGAUUACAAGUUCUUUGUAUCAGAUGGUGCAUACCGCCGGUGACAAGUUUACCUAUAUAUCUCAAAGUUGAGGUAACUUGACUGGCCAUGAGGAUCUCCGACCCAGUAAUUAGCCAAAAUUAUGGCUUUGGCUCAUCCUAUUAGCAGAAAGGACAUUUUGCAUCAUUCUUUUUGCCAUCACGAUGGACAAGAAAAACAAAUAAAACACCGCGUAGUUGUGUCAGAAACAUACCAGAAUCGAAGGAAAAAAAAAGGAUGUCAAACUAGUAGUAAGGAGAAAAACAAUCAGUUCCUGAACAGGAAAGUGACAAACAAAAAUAGUAAAGUGAAAAAAUAGGGUUAAAGCCAUCACAAGAAUUUGAUGGAUGAAAUUUUGUGUCUUCCAUUGAGUGGAUCAUUUUCUCAUAUAGCUUUCUGCUCUUGCUUCUUCAAUGAUGUUUCCCUUUCAUGGUGCAUUGUAUGUUUCCCUAAACCCUAAAUGUUCGACUAAUCAAGCUUCAUGUUUGCUUGGAUACUUUUAUUGUUUAUCUCAUUAUUGCAAAAGAAAAAAAGGAAAAUUACAUUUACCAUAA